AUGGAUUGUGUGGAAGAAUUUGGGAGUGCUGAAGAAAUAAGGGAUUGGUUCACUGAGUGUGUGGUUGUAUCAGAGUACGCGGAAGCUAAGCCUCUGUUUCUACUUGCAGUUUUUGCCCUCGCAAAGUUAAUGAAUGCGAAUGAAGAUCACAGCCAGCUUUCUGCUAUUGCAAGGCGAGGUUCAGGCAGUGCUUGUCGCAGUUUGUAUGGGGGAUUUGUCAAGUGGAUCAUGGGAAAAGAUGAGAAGGGAACCGACAGUCUUGCAGUUCAACUCGCGGACGAGAAGCACUGGGAUGAGCUUGUCAUUGUUAUUGCUGUGGUCAGUUCACAGCAGAAGGAAACGAGUAGCACUACAGGAAUGCGUGAUACUGUUGAAACAAGUUUGCUCUUACAACAUAGAGCGAAGGAAGUGGUACCCAAACGCAUAUUAAAAAUGGAAGAAGCCAUAAAAAAUCAUGAUUUUGCUUCUUUUGCACAACUGGCCUGUACUGACAGUAACCAGUUUCAUGCUGUUUGCCUCGACACAUGUCCCCCCAUAUUCUACAUGAAUGAUACAUCCCACAGGAUAAUCAGCCUUGUUGAAAAGUGGAACCGUGCAGCAGGAACGCCUCAGGUGGCAUAUACAUUUGAUGCGGGCCCGAAUGCGGUUCUAAUCGCACGUAACCGAGAAACUGCUGCCCUUUUGGUUCAGAAGCUGCUAUUCUGCUUUCCUCCAAAAUCUGAUGCAGAUUUGAACAGUUUCGUUCUUGGUGAUAAGUCCAUUCUGAAAGAUGCUGGGGUUGACAGCCUGGAGGCUAUCGAAAGUUUGCCCGCACCUCCAGAAAUCAAGGAUCCAUCCCAGAGGCACAGAGGAGAUGUUAGUUACUUUAUUUGCACAAGACCUGGGAGAGGUCCAGUUGUGCUGUCAGAUGAAAGUCAAUUUCUUCUCAACCCUGAAACUGGGUUGCCGAAGUAAGUUCAGAAGAUUUCCCUUUCUUUCACGGUGUUCUGUUCUUUCUCAGGACGAUUCAAAUGGCUGUGUGAGCCUGAAGUAGUUCGUUCAGAUGAUCCUUUUAGGCUGAACCCAAGAAUUGUCUUAAAAUGAUUAUCCGAGUUCAUCUCAGUUGGACAGUUUCUGUUGCUUGUUAUUAUGGUCUUUAUACUCACUGCCUUUGACACAUUAAUGAAUAAAUUGUCUAUUGUUCAUCAGAAA